GGCCGGUGGUCGAGUCAGUCGGUUCGCGCGCGCGCCUCUCGACGCACGCGUUUUCCCGCCAGCGGACUUACGAAACAACCCGUUCCACGCCCUGUUUUCGAAAAAGUGUGAUAAACAAACUUUUUUUGUGUUAGUAAACUGAGUGUUGUGUGUUCGUGUUGAGUUUUAUUUAUAUUUAUCGUUAGUGGUGGCACAAUCCGGAUCUAAGGGACAGUCUUUCGAGGUAAACUAAAGGCUUCCUCAGCUGUACCUAACACUAAUGCGUGUGGAGGUCUAGAUUAAGGAGAAAGGGCGAUCAAUGACAGGAUGGAGAUGAAGCAAAGUUGAACACAGUAUUCCUAUCGACAACAUGUUAUGAACAUGGAGUCCCCAGUGAGAAUAUGUUUAGGUGCAGCAUUAGUAGUAAAUAUACUACUGUUGAGCAGCACAACAGUUAGCAGCAACGCUAUCCCCGACACGACAUCUACUACUGUCAAAGAUGAGAGAGCGCCUCGGUACAGCCGCCUCAAUGGCACCUGGCUCGCCAGAAACAGGCCCAAGACCCCAGACGUCUCCCUCAAUGAACUAAACCCCAAAGACUCAACCUCGGAAGAACACACAGAAAAAAACGCCAAAUACAAAGACAGGGGAAGGGUUAGAUUCCACUCACAACUGAAAUCAAGCACAGAAAGCACCCUCAGAAGGGUCAAAUCAACAGAAACGCCGAAACUAGUUAUAGUUACUCCUACGGCAGAAGUUAAAAAGCCUGCCGAAAUAGUUGAUAGCAUGCGCAAUUAUAAAAGAACAAAAUUGCCAGCUUUUUCAAGCAGUACUACUCCAGUGAGUAUUAAACAAGAAGUACACAGUGAAGAAGCUUUUGAAGACGAGGAAGAUGAGGAGGAUAAGGAAUCUUUUGAGAAAUUCACUUCCAGCAAGUUUGAUACUAAUUUCUUUACUAGCCCUAGCUUUAACUUCGGAGAUGACUUCACUCAUGACUCGGAUAAUGAGAGUUCUGACAACAAAGUAAAGAAUGAGUACAGUAGUCCAUCUUAUGGAGGAUUCUCUAGUUUCUUCCCACGUGAAGCAUCAUAUGGCUACAAAGACACUACCCAUGAUAUUUUCAAAUCUGAAAGUUUCUUUGACUUCGACAGCGAUCUGACGACGCCGAAAAACGAUUACUUCGACCAGAAAUUUCAACGGAUCUCUACAAGUAUUAUUAAUAAUUUAGACACUAUUAAAGCUAAAACAUCUACUCCUAAUGCAACUAACAUGCACAUAAUUAAGGAAAAUAUUGGCAUGGAGAAAUUGAACAAUAAUACUCCGACUAACAAGUCAACAGUAUUUAUUAAGAAUACCAAAGAAAUUCGACUCUUAGAUAAUGAUGGUGCUGACAGUUCUAAGAAAGAGCUAUCUGAUGUACAAGGUACAAGUAUAUAUUAUGAAAUGUCUGUCUUAUCUACCGAGACCUAUGCUAUCACUCACGAUGAUGACUGCGACAAUGAAUCAAUACCUUCACCCACACCGAGCACGUCAGCAGAGGAGGAACUAGCAUCUCUUAAAGCUGCUCAGCAAUCAGUUCCAUCUGCCACGAGGCCAGCACUCCCUGAUCCAAGCCCCGAGAGCAUAUCUAUAUCACCUACAAACUACCUGCCUCUCUCCAGUGUUCUGCCUAUCAUUGAUUCAGUAAAUGCCAUCCCUAUAUCUACGCAAAAUUCUAUAUCUUCAACAGAAAGAGUGACCAAAAAAUAUUCUAGUAAUUUCAAUAGAAAUCGAACUUAUUCCAAACGACUCAAUCUUAACAAUAACAAAGACUCUCCGAACAGCGUGACGUCUAAACCUGAACAUAUAUCUUCAACUCUAAGUCCUAGACUACAGACACGGAAAUUCUAUCACACAACUCCGAGAAAUAGACCUAUUUGGAUGGUGCCUCGACGUAACAUCACAAGGGUGUACCACAGGCCAACAAAUCCUACAACGAUAUAUUCAGAACACUUCAGCAUAAAAGAAAAGACAACGCCUAAACUGCGCCAACCCAGCCGUACAAUGCUGACAACAGUUUCUUCAGAGAUUGAUCCUGUUCAGCAAAGUGAUAUAAGUGGGACGAAGAAGGUGGUUCAUUCUCAGUCGAUAUCAGAUAAUACCGUUCCGAGUCUGUGGAAGCGAGGGUCGACGAGGUUCGCAUCAUCAACGGCUACUUCGACGGAGUUGGAGACGGAGAGUGAGUGGCAGAUACCUCCGACGUCGACUGCGUGGGCGCUGGCCAGCCUGCGUAGUCCCCCGCCUUCCCCAGGAGCAGUGGUGAACAAAACAGUGACGGUGCAAAAGUCCGUUGAUGAAAAUGAGCUGCAGAAAGUCGGAGAAGUUUUAGACAAAAAAGACACCACCACUGCUACUACAACUUCGACUACGGCCAAUCCAAUAAGCAACGACAUCAUUCCUACAAAGAUCACAGAAGUGGAGCAGAACAAAUUACCAUGGCAACCAAUGUUUGCUCAAACAUCACCGCCUUCCUCAGUACAAACUGAAACAGUAACCGAGCCUAAAUCAGACUUGAGACUUCCCGCUGAGAGCAAUAUUUCGGAACAAAAUAGCCCCAAACCAGCAACAGACAAGUCAAAUUCCAUUGAAAAUCAAACAGAACAAUCUUGGGUAUCCGUAACCGAUGAAUCUACGGAACAAGUAAACAAAACAACCAAAAAGACAAUUCCACCAGUUGACGCAACAAGGUCAACUGGUUUUGAAUCAAUUACGAAACUACCAUCGGGCGUCACUACGCCGCAAGACGAAUCUGUUGCCAGUUCUGAAGUAAAUCAAACUGUAACUGAAGAAAAACCUAGGGCUACUACGGAUUAUGAAAUUACUACCAUCCGAUUCUCGUACGUACCAACUGAGGAUGAAGAGACUGAGACGCCGUCUAUUGAUAGUACCACGCCUAGUAUGUGGCAUCCAGUAUUCCCAACUCGGACAAGGAUAACAACUAUAAAGGACAGCCCUGUUACGACUUAUAGACCUAAAUACAUGACAACGGAGGCGAUAGAAGAAUCAACAACUUUCAUAACUGAAACAACGUCUCCCAUAGAGGUAUCUUCACAAAUUCUAGAAAGUACUACAAAUCAAGUAGUUGAAACUACGGAGAAACCUACUGAAACUCCAACUGAAGUUCCAACUACAACAGAAGUGACUACACAACCAACAACAACUGAGGAAAUAGUUACAGAAUCAUCUACAGUAGAAGCUACUACCCAGCCUACUACUGAACCGCCUACCGAAGUGAUUACCCAGGCAACUACUACCGAAGUCCCAUCAACUACAUUAACAUCAACUGAAACUGAAACCGAAGAUACAACCACGAUUGUCGUAGAAAUUGUUACUGAAAUCAACACCGAAAAAGAACAGAGAAUAACUUCAACUACAGCCGCACCUGAAACUACCGAAACGUAUGAAGAAACAGAUUGCUCUAGCGAGAACAGUGGCAGCAACGAAGUUAUUACUCAGGAAACUGUUAGACCUACAACAACCGAAGCUCCUACUACUGAAGCUGUGACAGUGCCGCCUACAACUGUGGAAAUUACUACUAGAAUAGAAGAGAAACCUACUGAGCCACCUACUACGACGGUACGCGAAGAAACGACAACGCAACGAAACGCGAGGAUACACGACACGACUGUUGCUGACACUACGACGGACAGUGAACCUGCUACGAGACCUGCCACUGGGUUCGAUGACGUCACAACUUAUGGUGGAGACAUGACUACUGAGGCGUCUUCGAGGGUACUUGGUGAUGAAGAUAAUGGGUCCGGAGCGGCGGUGGCCAUCGCUGUCAGCACUAUAGGAGUUAUUGCUCUGAUACUACUCAUUGGAUUGCUGUUGGUAGUCCGUCGUCGCGGCCGCCGCGGUAUCUACGCUCAGCGCUGCACGCCCGUCUCGCUGGAUGCAUACAGCUUGGACAGCGUCAGCGUGGGGCACAGGAAGGGCAACCACCGCCUCAGAGCCAGCAAGAGGAGCUACGGGAACCCUGCUUAUGAUGACGAGGUCACCUCCCACCCCAUGCAAUAUGCCGCACUAGCAAACUUCGCGAUGGACAUUGAAUCAAUGACGGCAGAGUUCUCGGAGAUUCCUUCCGUCACCGUUCGUCCGGAUGAAGUGCCUCCAGGGUGCGAAGACAAGAACCGGUACUCCAAUGUGCUUCCGCUGCCGGAGACCAGAGUCCCGCUGAAGAGGAUCGGCAAUGAUCCUACUACGGAGUAUAUUAAUGCUAAUUUUGUGACGGGUCCAGGUAACAUUCGUAACUACUACAUAGCGUGCCAAGCGCCGUUGUCCAACACCGUCAUCGACUUCUGGCGCAUGAUCUGGGAACAGAACUCCAGGCUCAUCGUCAUGCUCACGGAGUAUAUGGAGAAUGGCGUUGAAAAAUGCUACGAAUACCUUCCACCAUCCGAGAUCUCAGACAAUAAGCGUAUCUUUGGAGACUUCAAGAUUAUCCUCAAGAAGCGUGAACAACGCGACAAGUACGCCAUCUCGAGUGUUCAGCUCAUCAACUUGAGUACCAGGACUUGGCGGGAGAUCACGCACCUGUGGUACUUCUGGCCUGCUAAGGGUGUCCCUGAUGAUUAUGAUUCGGUGAUAGACUUCUUGUGUGAAAUGAGGAGCUAUAUGAAAAUCUCACAGACUGCUAAGGAGUAUGAUGAAGAAGGUGUGGAAGUAAUCUACGGCGACCAGAACCGUUCGUCGUUCAGCAACCUGUCGAAGCUGCGCGAAGAGGGAGGGUCCAGCAAUGGUGUCAACGUGUAUUCCCCAGCGCGGGCGGAGGAGCAGCUACGUCGUGCUGCGCCUACUAAUGGCACGCUCGGCAGGAUGAAGGCUGCUUCUGAAGUUGAAGGUAUCCGUCCAUGCGUGGUGACGUGCGCGUCGGGCGCGGGUCGGUCGGCGGCGCUGCUGGCGCUGGACAUCAGCGCGCGCGCGCUGCCGGCCGCCGCCGACGUGCCGCGCGUCGUGCGGCAGCUGCGGGCGCAGCGACCGCACUCGCUGUCUAACAGGCAUCACUACAUCUUCGUCUAUAAGGUCCUAAGCGAAUAUGGCAACAAAAUGCUAGGCGGCGGAGUGGACACUAUUUGAAUCAACUCUUCCUUUAAGUAAGAACCUUAUUCGUAUCCAUGACAAUGCUGGCAUACGUAUCUCAACCUAGCGUAGUGUAUAGCCAGCUUUAGUUUAAAAAGUAAACUAUUUGGAACAUACCAAAGUAUAAGUUACAAGAUCUCUAGAAAAUUGAUCGCUCAAAUAAAAAAAAAAACGAAUGAAGUUUUAUUGUUUGUUAUAAUAAUUUCAUUCAUUCGUUCGUUCUUUCGUUUUUAAUCUAUGGAAUUAUAGAAUAAAUACCAUUUAACGUCACGUUAUGGCAACAUCGCAUAAUUUUAACGAAACUUGUACAUAAGAUUUGUUUUUAAGUUUUAUUUUUUUGUUCGAACAAUUUAUUUUUAUUUAUUUUUAGGGGAUCAUUCCGCUAGUCUAUCGAUGUUUCGGUUUUCUUAGGUAAUGUUGUAAGCAUAAUUUCCAAUCACAAUUAAUAAAAUCGUAUGUAAGCGUCGUUUGUUGAAUUUUGCUGUGAUUUCUACUAAACUCUUAGUUUAACGCUAACACUAAUAUUACCGUAACUAGAUUUAUUUAACAUUUAUAGUAAAAGUAAUUUUAGUGAAUGGCAACGCACAAUAGCUACAAUAGCUACACACAACGAAACUUUUUAGUGGCAGCUUUGUGACGUUAGAAUGACGUUUCUAGUGUUGCCAAGUUUUUGUGCGUAAUUAUUUUGUGCGCUAGUAUUAUGAAUUUUGAAUACUCGUGCUACUUUUAAAACUAGUAAAUGACGUAAUAGACCGCUGUUAAUUACAUAAAUGCAUGCAGGUGAUGUGUGUACCUUUAUUGAUUUUAAAUCUCAUUUAUUUAUUAUUGCAAAAUGUUGUUUAUUUGUAUGUUUUAAGUAUGUUGUCAAUUCUGUGGAGCCUCUAAUCACUUUUUGAAUAUAAAAAAAAACUUACACAGCAUCAUUUAAAUCUGAUUUUUGAUCUUUUCACAAGGCUAUUUAAUUUUAGCUUUCCAAGCAAUAUUAGUGAAGACGAGGCUUUAGAAAAAUUCAUAUAUUUUUUGUUAAAUAGAAGUCAAAGCAUUUACAUAAUUAGUUAAAGUGCACUGUUUUAU